AUGCAGGACCGUGAGCUUCGUCCUUGCCUGCAAGAUCCCCUCCGUUCCCUCGGCCAAAUAAUUACCUGGGCUACCAUGAACUCUGUCCCUAUCCAAGUCCGAGGCAGUGGCCACAUGUGGAUAAACUCGCUCCCCAGCUCAGGCGUAGUAAUUAACACCCUCCCUCUCGCCUCCAUCGCUAUCGAUGCUGCAUCUGGCACCGCAACCAUUGGCGCAGGGACUCUUGUCGGCGAGGCCACCGAUGCAGCACACGCAGCAGACGUCCACCUCCCCCUCGCCGCUUGCCCAUCGGUCACUGUCAUCGGUCCACUCUUGGUGGGGGUCUUGGGACGUUCCAAGGCCUUUAUGUCGCACCAGGAUCUCUUCUACGCGCUGCGCGGGGCUGGAAACUCAUUUGUGGCCGUGACCGAGAUCACGAUGCGUGCUUACCCCAAGAUCAACCGGGGGAUCCACUUCUCGCGCGACCUAUCCUUCGUGCCUUCUGAGGCAGUCGGCGAAGCAGUGAAUGCGCUCCCUCGUAUUCCGCACGCCAAGAUGCAGCUUUACAUGGUCUCACCGGCCCAACCUUUACUCCGACUCUCAUCCUAA